AUGGCUAGAAGCAGGGGAGAGAAAGAAGAUUCCGAAAAGCACGCCGGGUUGCUAAAACUCGUGCAGAUCCUAUCUUCUCUGGUCAUCUUUGUCGCCGGCAUUAUAAUUGGCCUCACGACAAGCUCUCACAUGAAUAACUAUUUUGCUUCUCAGACAGAACUGUUUUUCUCUACUAACCAUGUCUCAGCUUCGAUGGCCAGUCCUGAGAAGAAUUGUACCCCAUGCGAGAAGGUGGAUUGUUUAAGCAUGGAAACUUUCUUGUAUCCUAGGAACUCGACUCAUGGCAUGUCAGACAUCGAGCUCUUGUGGAGAGCAUCAAUGGUCCCGAGAAAGCGGGACUACCCUUUUGCUAGAGUGCCUAAGGUGGCUUUCAUGUUUCUGACUAGGGGGCCGUUGCCGAUGCUGCCACUGUGGGAGAAAUUCUUCGAUGGCCAAGAGAGCCAUCUCUAUACAAUCUAUGUGCAUGUGCUUCCCGGGUACAAGCUCAAUGUGUCGAGCACUUCUCCAUUCUAUGGACGGCAGAUCCCAAGUCAGAAAGUUGCAUGGGGAACGGUACAACUCGUUGAUGCUGAGAGGCGACUUCUAGCAAAUGCCCUGCUCGACUUCUCUAAUGAGCGGUUUGUUCUGCUUUCUGAGAGCUGCAUUCCGGUCUACAACUUUCCCACGGUGUAUAAGUAUCUCACUGGUUCAGACCACAGCUUCGUGGAGUCGUAUGAUGAUCCAUCUCGUUAUGGACGUGGUCGUUACAGCCGCAAUAUGCUUCCUUACAUUAGGCUCCACCAGUGGAGGAAAGGGUCUCAGUGGUUUGAGAUGAAUCGCAACUUGGCAGCUUAUAUAGUGUCCGACACCAAGUAUUACUCCCUCCUCAAGAAGUACUGCAAGCCUGCUUGUUACCCGGAUGAGCAUUACAUCCCAACUUAUCUCAACAUGUUCCAUGGAUCGAAAAACUCGAACAGGAGCGUCACUUGGGUCGAUUGGUCACUGGGUGGUCCGCACCCUGCUACUUUUAGGGAAUCUAACAUAACGGAGGAUUUUAUUCGUUCUAUUAGAAAUAAUGCUACGCACUGCUCGUACAAUUCAGGAAAGACAUCUCUUUGUUACCUCUUUGCUCGGAAGUUUGAUCAGAGCACGUUGGUGCCUUUGCUCAACCUCAGUUCGAUCGUGAUGGAGUUUUAGCUGUGUCAGUUCAGUGAAGAGACUAUAUCGUCUGCACAUGUAUUAGGACCCUCCCUAGUAGGUCUUCCGAGUUCAGGCGGUUUCGGCCAAAAAUUUUGGAUUAUAUCUGGUCUCGCAGACAUUGAAUGAGAUUCCUGUUUCCUUUUUCAGGCA